GUGUUCUCACCUUCAAAAGUUGCAUUUCGAAGCUGUCGGGACUUGUUGGAUCACCCUCUCAGUUUGCACACCAAUUCCUGGCAUGCAUCCCCUCAAAACUUCCCUUGCACUUUAAAAUUAAAGCCUGGGAAGCACACCCUCCUCGGUUCAGUCCCCACUGGAUUUGCUGCUUAUCUCUCGUAUUCCCCUGAAGUGGAGAAAUAGUUGUUGUGGCAAGCAAACCCCGUUUCUUUAAGCUAAUAAAGGCCCCAUCUUGGCUGUACUACUUAGGAUUCUGCCUGCUUCAGAAGCAGCAGGAGAAGUCGGGAGGACAUGCUAAGGGCAAGAGCGUGUGGCUCCUACUUGGGCUCCUGAUGGGAAAAUUUUUUGAUUUUUGAGGAAAAGAGAGACGGGCGAGAGUGGGGGCCAUGGAAGGGGGAAUGGCUGUCGCAGGUGAUGACGAGGGCAGCAGCGGAGUUGGAAAAGAGGAGUUUUUAGGGGUAAAGUUGAGGAGAGGGGUCGCAGUGGAGAAAAAGGGCGGCCUUUGCACUCCGGUACCCACCUGGAAGUUGGGAGCGCUCGGCUCUUCAGAGAGUGAACCGAGCGAGCCCAAGAGGAGUUCGGUGUCGGCGCGGAAGCUUGGAGCGAACCUAUGGGAGAACCAGGACUUGGUGCCCUACGCAGCGACGAGCCGGAGACGCGACAAGCUCCGACGACAAAGGGAAGGGAAGGCGAUUGAUGACGGUCUUGACAACCGGCUUGAAAAUGCAAGUAGUUUGAGGCGGCAUGUUGCAGCUUCAUUAGUAAAAAAUUACAAAUUGAAUGAGAGAAAAACCCGAGCUGUGGAACUUGCAUCUCCUGCAAGUUACAGUAGUUCCAUGAAGGUUCUAUUGACAAAGUUUCCUAGCGUGCCACCAACGUUCCAAGUAACAUCAAAUGUUGUCCAGGAUUUGACAAUUACAAAUAAUAUUCACUCAACAAUCUAUAUUUCUUUAUUUAUUUUUUUCAUAAUUAAUUAAAUGCAUUAGUUGAACUGUGGUGAACUUUUGAAAUUAGCUUAUCUAUGUUGAUCAUGUUUCUUCAUUCAUUUGGUAGUUUGAUAUCAACCAAAUGACACAAUCUAGUGGAUUUAGCUUAGGAAGAACUUUUCAAUCUAGCCUUCAGCAACAACAACUGCAUACUACCACAACCCAUAGUAGUGAGCUGCCUUUUGCCACUGGAAACACUCAAGACCUACGUUCACAUGGCUCUGAUUUCUUUCUUUCUCAUGGUAAUUAUCAUUCACAGAUUCAAAACAGUGGAGACCCUAGUAUUGGGUUGAGACCGUUGAACUCUCCUACACUAGCCUCUGGUAUGAGUAUGUAUGAGCAACUGAUUCAACAAUAUCAAUAACCACAAAGUCUUUCUCAACUUCGACUACAGCAGAUGUCUGAUGUUUGCCACUCAUAUAGAGAUCAAAAUGUAAAGCCCACUCGGUAGGACUGAGCUUGAGCUCGACAGAUAGUCUUUAUAAAACAUUUGGUUCUCCAUGGUCUGAUGAGCCUGCCAAGGGGGAGCUUAAGUACUGCAGUCCAACAUGUUAUUAUGCCAAAACACCACCACCUCUACAUGUAAGCUUUUAUGUUGUGGUUUUAUUUGCCGAUAUGAAUGGGGUACUUGAAGAGUAUAUGAUUUAUCAAAUCUGUUAUUGUUGUUGUAGCAACUACUGUCACGCCCCAGAGAAGUCUCUGUCCGAAGAAAUUUCGGCAGCAUCUCCCCUGUACGGCGGACAAUCUGGAACUUUUCUACAAGCACUAUAUACCUCAG